AAAGAACCAAAAUGUACUUAUGCUUGAAAACAAAACAUAAGUAUUCGUGAUGCAAAUCUGUAUUGUCUGCAGAACAAAGCGUCUGCUAGAAAACAAAGCUUGAAAACAACCUUAGCAGCCCACGUUUUUCAUUGGGUUGCUUCACUUGCUUGUGGGUAGAGUAUAUUCACCAAACAGCCUAUAGUUCAUCCCUAACAGAGGGACUCAGAGAGAAUUAUAGGCUUGAAAGACUCAUCUGCCAUGGCUGUAACUUCCUCUUCAUCUGCUGUUACCAGUGUUUUUGUUGUUGGAAAAUACCCAACUCAGUUGCUCACCGUCGAACCCGACAAAGCAGCUUCAAAUGCUCCCCCAAAGCCACUCUUAAUCGCCACCCCUACAGAAACCGGUGACUUUCCAGUGCUGAUGCUUUUUCAUGGCUAUAUGUUUCUGAAUUCCUUCUACUCGCAGCUCAUUCAACACAUAGCUUCUCAUGGUUUCAUUGUCGUUGCUCCGCAGUUAUAUCUCCUAGUAGGCUGCCAUGCAACUGAAGAGAUAAAAUCCGCGGCCGAAGUCACGAACUGGCUAUCGGAAGGAUUAAGCAGUUUCCUCCCAUCUCAAGUCCACCCAGACCUGGAAAAGCUAGGGUUAGCCGGACACAGCCGGGGAGGCAAAGUAGCAUUCGCGCUAGCGCUGGGCAAAACGGCAACGACUGAUCUGAAAUUCUCAGCCAUAAUCGGCGUGGACCCUGUCGGCGGAACAUCCCCUAAUAUCCUCGACACCACUCCUGAUCACUUCGACCUUAACAUGCCGGCAAUGGUGAUCGGGUCGGGUUUGGGAGAGGUGAAGAGGAAUUUCUUGAGCUGCCCUUGCGCGCCCAAGGGGCGGAACCACGCGGCUUUCUACAACAAGUGUAACGCGCCGGCUUGUUACUUGGUGGCUAAAGACUAUGGGCACACGGACAUGCUGGACGAUGAUACGAGGGGGAGUUUGCGCGGGAAGCUGAGUUAUUGUAUGUGUAAGAAUGGGGCGGCUAGGGCGCCGAUGCGGGCGUUUGUGGGCGGCGCUGUGGUGGCGUUCUUGAGAGGGUUUUUGGAGAGUGAUAUGAAGGCUUUGAUGGGUAUUAUAGACCAGACUGAAACCGCACCUGUUGAGCUUCAGGCAGUGGAUUCCAAAGAUUUGAAUCUUGCAGAUAAACCAAUAAACCAUGUUUGAAGAAAGCAUAACAAAAAGCCA